AUGGGGCUCAAGGCGCGCAGGGCGGCGGGGGCGGCUGGCGGCGGCGGCGACGGGGGCGGCGGAGGCGGCGGGGCCGCUAACCCAGCCGGAGGGGACGCGGCGGCGGCCGGCGACGAGGAGCGGAAAGUGGGGCUGGUGCCCGGAGACGUGGAGCAAGUCACCUUGGCGCUCGGGGCCGGAGCUGACAAAGAUGGGACCCUGCUGCUGGAGGGCGGCGGCCGCGACGAGGGACUGCGGAGGACCCCGCAGGGCAUCGGGCUCCUGGCCAAGACCCCACUGAGCCGCCCGGUCAAGAGGAACAACGCCAAGUACCGGCGCAUCCAAACUUUGAUCUACGACGCCCUCGAGAGACCGCGGGGCUGGGCGCUGCUCUACCACGCGCUGGUGUUCCUGAUUGUCCUGGGAUGUUUGAUUCUGGCUGUGCUAACCACCUUCAAGGAGUACGAGACCGUCUCGGGAGAUUGGCUCCUGCUGCUGGAAACAUUUGCUAUUUUCAUCUUUGGAGCCGAGUUUGGUUUGAGGAUCUGGGCCGCCGGAUGUUGCUGUCGGUACAAAGGCUGGCGGGGACGACUGAAGUUUGCCAGGAAGCCCCUGUGCAUGCUAGACAUCUUCGUGCUGAUUGCCUCAGUGCCAGUGGUUGCCGUGGGAAACCAGGGCAAUGUCCUGGCCACCUCCCUGCGAAGCCUGCGUUUCCUGCAGAUCCUGCGCAUGCUGCGGAUGGACCGGAGGGGUGGCACCUGGAAGCUCCUGGGCUCAGCCAUCUGCGCCCACAGCAAAGAACUCAUCACCGCCUGGUACAUUGGCUUCCUGACACUCAUCCUUUCUUCAUUUCUUGUCUACCUGGUUGAGAAAGAUGUGCCAGAGGUGGAUGCACAAGGAGAGGAGAUGAAAGAGGAGUUCGAGACCUAUGCAGAUGCCCUUUGGUGGGGCCUGAUCACACUGGCCACCAUUGGCUAUGGAGACAAAACUCCCAAGACGUGGGAAGGCCGUCUGAUUGCUGCCACCUUCUCCUUAAUUGGCGUCUCCUUCUUUGCCCUUCCAGCGGGCAUCCUGGGGUCAGGGCUGGCACUCAAAGUACAGGAGCAGCACCGUCAGAAGCACUUUGAGAAAAGGAGGAAGCCAGCUGCUGAGCUCAUCCAGGCUGCCUGGAGGUAUUAUGCUACCAACCCAAACAGGAUUGACCUUGUGGCAACGUGGAGAUUUUAUGAAUCGGUUGUCUCUUUUCCAUUCUUCAGGAAAGAACAGCUGGAGGCAGCAGCCAGCCAAAAGCUGGGUCUCUUGGAUCGGGUUCGCCUUUCUAAUCCUCGUGGUAGCAAUACUAAAGGAAAGCUAUUUACCCCUCUGAAUGUAGAUGCCAUAGAAGAAAGUCCUUCUAAAGAGCCAAAGCCUGCUGGCUUAAACAAUAAAGAGCGCUUCCGCACCGCCUUCCGCAUGAAAGCCUACGCUUUCUGGCAGAGUUCCGAAGAUGCUGGGACAGGUGAUCCCAUGGCGGAAGACAGGGGCUACGGAAAUGACUUCCUCAUCGAAGACAUGAUCCCCACCCUGAAGGCCGCCAUCCGAGCCGUCAGAAUUCUACAAUUCCGUCUCUAUAAAAAGAAAUUCAAGGAGACGUUGAGGCCUUACGACGUGAAGGAUGUGAUCGAGCAAUAUUCCGCAGGCCACCUUGACAUGCUUUCCAGGAUAAAGUACCUUCAGACCAGAAUAGACAUGAUUUUCACCCCUGGACCUCCAUCCACUCCGAAACACAAGAAGUCUCAGAAAGGGGCGGCCUUCACCUACCCAUCCCAGCAAUCUCCCAGGAAUGAACCCUAUGUAGCCAGAACAUCCACAUCGGAAAUGGAAGACCAAAGCAUGAUGGGAAAGUUCGUCAAAGUUGAGAGACAGGUUCAUGACAUGGGGAAGAAGCUGGAUUUUCUGGUGGACAUGCACAUGCAGCAUAUGGAGCGACUGCAGGUGCAUGUCACCGAAUAUUACCCGACCAAGGGGACCUCCUCGCCAGCCGAAGGGGAGAAGAAGGAGGAGAACAGGUAUUCUGAUUUGAAAACCAUCAUCUGCAACUAUUCUGAGACAGGUGCCCCCGAUCCCCCCUACAGCUUCCAGCAGGUGCCCAUCGACAAAGUCGGCCCCUAUGGGUUUUUUGCACAUGACCCGGUGAACCUGCCCCGAGCGGGACCCAGUUCUGCAAAGGUCCAGGCCACACUUCCCUCCUCGGCCUCCACCCGUGCAGAGAGGCCCACCGUCCUGCCCAUCUUGACUCUUCUCGACUCCCGAGCGAGUUACCACUCCCAGGCCGAACUGCACGGCCCCUACGCGGACCAUAUCUCACCCCGGCAGAGACGGAGCGUCACCCGGGACAGCGACACACCUCUGUCCCUGAUGUCAGUCAACCACGAAGAGCUGGAGCGGUCUCCCAGCGGCUUCAGUAUCUCCCAGGACAGAGACGAUUAUGUGUUUGGCCCCAGUGGGGGGUCGAGCUGGAUGAGGGAGAAGAGGUACCUCGCCGAGGGUGAGACGGACACCGACACAGACCCCUUCACGCCCAGUGGCUCCAUGCCACUGUCGUCCACGGGGGACGGGAUUUCGGAUUCAGUAUGGACCCCUUCCAACAAGCCCUCUUAAAAGGGGUCACUGGCUGACUCCUCCUGUAAUGUAGACAGACCUUGUAUAGUUCACUCACUCUCACACCCAGCGCUCACCAGCGGGGACACCGAUGGCUGCAUCGAGUGCAUGCGCGCGCGAUGGCCCCCACAAGCAGGGGUUCUCCCCGCCUUCUUCCUCCCCAGUCACCACAACGAAGCUGCUUCCUUUCAGCAUGGUUUGCAUGACUUGACACUAUAUAAAUGGUACCGCUAAUCUCGUCUAGGACACACAUUUAUCUGCUGUUCUUACUUUUAAUCACGACUGGACCAGUACAGGGAGAAAUUAUUGACGAGCCGUGCUAUUUGUUGGUUUGGUUGGCUGGUUUGGGUUUUGAUUUGGUAAGCAGAGAACAGAAUUUACUUUAUUUUUAGGAUCACUGCCCCUUUGUGUAAAAUACUCUGGUAAUUAACAGUUUUCUAGAGCAAGAAAAUAAUUUUCUCCACAAAAACACACGGCAUGCCAAGAGGCUUCCUACUGAGCAAACACAAAGAAAGAAACAAGAUAGUUACUGACUCUCCCAAAUCAAGAACUUUAGAAAUUAUUUUGUUAAGGAAAAAUAAUUUCAAAGCUCUCAAAGGGACCUCAUUUGGUCUGCCUGUUUCCUCAUCUCUAAAAGGUAUUGGUAACCCCAAACGUAGCAUUUCACAGGUUUUAUGAAUUAGAGGGGAGAAAUCAAACACACACACACACACACACACACACACACGCCCCACAGACACAAGCACACAAAUUAAUAUCGUUCCCAACUUAUGUAGGCAAAGUUAAUGAAAUUCACCAGAAGUGAAGUGCCCCUCUGGGCAGGAGCUAAGUUCAGUGUCUUCAAAAUGCGGUUCCAACUCACGUUCCUCUCCAUAUUACUUUAGUUCAAAAUAUCUAUCCAAAGCAGAAAUUAGAAGCAAGAGGGUAUGCAGAAAUGGUCUUUCCUAAAUCAUUCUUUUUUAAAAAUGAGAGAUCUUAGGCUCAGGUGGAAUGACAUGCUGGGGUCACUCUGUUGUUCCAUGGAGAACCAGGACCCAAAGGCCCAACGAUUGACUCCCUCCCUGCCUCCGUCUCCUCCUACCACUCUGCCACUGGGACCCAGAAAUUCUGCCAAGACACCAAUACUCUGGGUCGUAUGGGAAGCAAGUGCCAUGGUUUAUCCAGGGGGAAGAGGUUAUCUGCUUUUAUUACAAAACAUGCUUACUUGAUACAUUUCACUUGGGAUACAGAAAAAAAAAAGUACAAACAAGCUUAAUCUAUUAAUAAGCAAAUAGGCAAAAUCUCCAGAAAUAUCCAAUUUCACUCAUCCAGUCUUUUUCAGUGAAAAUACUAGAACCACACAUAGUCGUAAGACUCACUGAGGUGCAAGCAUAGAGUCUGGUGAGUUACUACUAUUCAGCACAAGUCACCGUGGCCUCAUGGGAGAUAUUGCAACUCUCUUAAUGACUGAUGGAAACGGCUUCUGUUAGGCAUGGACUACACUAGCUAAAGGACCACACCAUAGUAUAUCUGUUGGCUCACUCUGCUCCUCAUCUAAGCACUGGUUGUAGGUGGUUGCCAUGGUGACCACUAAGAUGAUUGAAAUGACCUAAACCAACAUCUACAUGCAACCGCUUCCAGUGUUCUGCUCCUUGGCAGGAGUCAUAGUUGCUAUGGCCGACAUUGGUUGAUGGUUUCAUUAAGACCUCAUCCAGGUGCCCUACACUGUAUUGGAGAGAAAUUGCUCAGAGGUUGGUUCCUUUCACUCCACAUGCCAAUGGGUCACAUACAAAAGGGCAAAAAUAUAGUAGUAAUGAAAGCUUGCUUCCUGACUUUAGGAACUUAAAACCAAAGCCUGAAUUUCCUGAACAAGCACAGACAUUGUGAAUGGUAGAAGAGAGUUGUACAUGAGGGUCCUGUGAGUGGAUGGGUAUCGACCUUGUAGUUUGAGGCAGGAAGAACACAAGAAUGAUCACACACAUCAGACAUGAAACCCUCCCCUGUGGCUUUAGAUUUGGCUUCCUGUGGUCCCUUCUCCCUCUGCCUUCAAUAUGGCUUCAGUAAUGCCCUGGGACUAACCUAAGAAGCCUUCUGCUCCUUCCUAGGGCUUUAGUUCUUCCUUCUCAUCCUCCUGCAAUCUUUUGCCAGAAAUGACUGUGCUGCCUACCAUCUAAAAAGUAACUCUGCUGUUCUUCAUGUAUUUAAGUUAUUGGAAGAAAAAAAAAGAUGGAGAAUGAAUCAAACGCUCCACAUAUGCACAAAUUAUUUUUCUAAUAUGUUAAUAUUCUUGCAGAAUCUAUUAACAUCAAUAUAUUAUAAGCAGAUAUGUUUCUCAAGAAUUUGAUAGAGCUCUUGGUCAAAAGAGUGAGAUCUUUUUAGCCCCAAGCUGAAAAUAUUUACCAUAGAUCCAAAGUUAGAGAGGGUAUACAGAAAUUAUCUUUGCCAAGUUAGAGAAAGUUAAAGAAACGCUCUUAUGUUCUUUCAAUAACCUAUCAAGAAUUGGAACUAUAUCAUUUCCUAAAUCAAAGGUGGGCAGUCUAGCUUCCCCACAGGAUCCUAAGGCCAAGAACUGGGUUUGUAUUGAUCACCAUAUGUCACCAGCAUCUAAUAAGUUUUCUUAUUGGCUAUCAAUGUGGACACAGAAAAUACGUAUUUCAUGAAUUAGUAAUAAAAAUCUUUAAAAUAUUUUUCCCACCUAAGAAAACAAGAAGGAAAAAGAAAAAUGAUCUUCCAGAAUAAUUCUGUUUUGAUAUUUCUUUGGAUAUUCCCCCAAAAAAUAUAGUCUAGGAAAGUAGAGCAAAUCUGUUCAAGUUGCAUGCCUAUAGACAACAUCACAACAGGUCUACUAUUGAGGAAGCAGAAGUUUAAGAUCCAAGAUUGAAUGUUUAAGUGAUAGGGAGAAAUAGUGGGUGCUUCCACAAAGAUCCUUCUGUCAGACAAAACAAUUAUCCAAAAGAAUUGGCUAAGAACACUCCCCAAGAUUAUAAUACAUUCCAAUGGGUUUGCAACUUCCCAGGAUCGAAUCAGUUUGGGCCAAAUCCCUUGAAGUAGUGACAAAUUAAUUCCAUCAUAAAACUAGGAAUGAUCUUCUCAAGUAAGACUAUGAUUCCACUUUAUUUGUUUGUCCUCUGUGUAUUAUAAUAUGAUGUACAAAGAAGGGAAGAGGUGGGACUAAGGGUAUAGCCCAGGGGUAGAGCACUUGCCUAGCAUGUGCUAGCCUGGG